AUGGAAAAUCGUGAGCGAUGGCGACAAUUCGAUUCUAAAAUUAUUAAUCUCAAUGAUAUUAAUAGAAUUGCAGGAUGGAUAGAUUAUAGACAAAUACCAUAUUCAUAUCAAGAAAAUCCAUUUGAAUUCAAACUCCUGCUUCGUGGUUCUCGUGAUGGAUUCGGAAUUGAUACAUUUCACGACCUUUGCGAUAAUAAUGGUGCUACUAUCGUAGUUGUUAAAGUAGAGAAUUCUGGAAAAGUAAUUGGUGGAUAUAAUCCAAUUAAUUGGAGCAAAGGAAAAAUCAUUGGAAAUGAUUAUUACGGCAGAAUUAUUUUUAGAGAUUACAGAUGCUAUACAUGCAAUAGCUUUAUUUUUUCACUUACAAAUCGAAAUGAUUCAAUAUUAAGUCGCGUUAAUAGUCCAAUUGAAUCCAUCUACUGGAGUAGCAGAAAAGGUCCAUAUUUUGGAGAUGAUUUAUGCAUGUCAAGCUCUUCAACCUGGAACAGUAUAACCCGAUUUUACGAACAUAAAAUCAUCUCAGAAGAGACCUUUUUUGCUGAAGAUUAUGAAGUAUUUCAAGUUUCGAUCAAAAACCAUCAAAUUCGAAGGAAACAAAUGUUUGAAAAUGUAGAUUAUACGGGAAUUUUAUGUGUUCUUCCUUACGAUUUUUGGCCAACUAAUUGUAAAUUGGGUAAUAUCUUAUUAUCAAUGUUAUUACCAAGAACGUUUAUUGGAUAA